AAUGAUCUACACAAACUUUAGUCACGUGAACGGAAACACACUUGAGCAUGCGUAGGAUACAUACAGCGUGAAACACGUGUGUAUACAGAAAAUAUGGGAAGACCAGGUUUCAGCCCUAGAGGAGGGGGAAGAGGGGGUUUUGGAGGUCGAGGUGGUGGUGGUGGCCGAGGAGGAUUCGGAGGACGUGGUGGGGGUAGGGGUGGCGGAAGGGGAGGAUUUGGAGAUCGAGGCGGGGGUCGUGGAAGAGGAGGGGGAAGAGGCGGUGGAAGAGGUGGUCGCGGUGGAGGUAGAGGAGGCGGAAGAGGUGGCUUUGGUGCUGGCAAAAAGACAGUUGUUGAGCCCCACAGACAUGCAGGUGUGUUUAUAUCUCGUGGAAAAGAGGAUGUUCUUGUCACAAAAAACAUGGUGUCAGGAGAGUCUGUCUAUGGAGAGAAGAGGAUAAGUGUAGAUUUGGAUGAUGGGUCAAAGCUGGAAUACAGAGCAUGGAAUCCUUUCCGUUCAAAGCUGGCAGCCGCCAUUUUGGGUGGUGUUGAGCAGAUCCACAUUAAGCCAGGCAGUAAAGUGCUUUACCUGGGUGCUGCGUCAGGCACCACAGUCAGCCAUGUGUCAGAUAUAGUAGGACCUGAAGGAGUUGUGUAUGCGGUUGAGUUUUCACACAGAAGUGGCAGAGACCUAAUCAAUGUGGCCAAAAAGAGGACAAAUGUUAUACCCAUCAUAGAAGAUGCCAGGCACCCUCACAAAUACAGGAUGCUGGUUGGUAUGGUGGACACAAUCUUUGCUGAUGUUGCACAGCCAGAUCAGGCACGUAUUGUGGCCAUUAAUGCACAUCACUUUCUCAAGAAUGAAGGACACAUUGUAAUUUCCAUAAAGGCAAACUGCAUCGAUUCUACAGCCAAGCCUGAAGCAGUGUUUGCUGGAGAGUGCAACAAAUUGAAAGCUGAGAAAAUCAAGCCACAGGAACAGUUGACACUGGAACCGUACGAGCGAGAUCAUGCAGUGGUGGUAGGGGUGUACAGGCCUCCUCCCAAAAAUAAAUAGGAUGUGAAGAGAGACUGUGUUCUGUAAAUAAAAGAUGAUUCAUCUCUGAGGGUUCGAACAGAAACCACAAGAGACCCUUGUAGAAAAGAGACAUACUGCCUUGACUUGGAAGUAUCACUGGGAAAUGGUGAUGUCUAAAAACAUACCAUUACAGGAUUGUGCCAGAGUGGACCUACUUGUACUGAACUCUAAGUCAAACAUCCUGUGGUUAAUACCUAUUCUUUUAUGUCUGAAACAAAGGACUGGAAUAUUAGGCACAGGUUGGGAAGUUUUGUGACCUUGCUGUGAAAAGGGUUUUUUCACUUUGUAAAAGGGGGGUCUUGCAGGAAUUUGCAAGUUAUUGACUUAACAAAGCAGUCAUUUUAGAAGAUAGUUUAGAUUAAGGAUGAUGCUCUUAGUGGAGGUAUGCAAAAGCAAGAAGCAACUUGGUAAUAUUUUUUAGAAAAUUAUUGAUAUCUAUUUUUAAAGAACAUCAAAAGUGUUUUAUGAAUAAUUGAAAUACACAACAAGAAUACAUUUGAAAAUAAUGAGUUGUUAGAGAGCUAGCUGAUACAUUGUAUAAUAUGCUUCAUUUCUUACAUAUUCUUUUCUGUACAAGCAAAUUAAAAGGAAGUGUAUUUAAUAUCAAUGUUCAUUAUUAUUUAAACAUUGCCGCAUACAGUGUAAUGUUGCUAGUAGAACCUUGAAAUUAGAACCGUAAAAAUUGUGGGAAUAUUUAUGUGGAUAAAUGGAGAAUAGUGUCACUGAUUUUUGUAAUUUGGAAAGAAAUGAAAGUCACCAUUAUGUUACCCUAUUGGACUUUUUUCCAUCAGUUUGAGCAUUUUAUGAAAAAUUGUUUCAUUCUUAGUUUUUUUUUCAGUCAUUACAUGCAGUCAUUACAUUUAUUCAAUAUCGUAAAGGAGCACUGGUUUAAUAUUUUGAAAAGAUUGUUUUAUACUAAUCUUAGAAUGUAAUAUAAGUACCAAACAAAUGAUACUAAAUGCAUUUUUCAACUGUAA